CGGAUUCGACGGGAACUCCAGGACCGCAUCGACGAAGGAUGGACGCGGCGUAUGCAAUACAAAUAAUUUUCUGUACAUCCUCCACACCACGUACAACAAAAUGCAUCACAAAUUUCAACAACUUCGAUCAAGCCACUUGUCAUGCUGUUGAAUAGCACAAGCACUGAAAGAAAGUAUAUAACGCGGAAACCGCGUUUGUAUGUCCCGUCAUGUACGGGAAAUUUACUGUGGAUACGACGGACGUUGAACGGCCAAAGUGAACUUCCUGCGUACUCACCAGUGGUUGCUUCCGACAGCGACCGCGCACGCAACACGGUUAAGGUUGACUGGUUCAGUACUAUUGGACGGGAGUGGACGGAGGCGCGCAUCGCGAUCGCCUGCAAAGCAGUCUGUCCCCUGGAGCUGCAGAGUUUGAUAGACACGACAGAAGACGAGGGUGCCACGAGACCGAAGGGUGGUCGCAUGCCGUUCUCUGAACAAGAGGCCCGGCUUGCCCGUCGCCGACUCGCCAUGCUACACAGACUCGAACUUCCGGUUUUUUAUGAAUUUCCGUCAGGACGACAGCUCGUACGAAUUGCUUUCGGAAAUAAAAAAGACUCCUCGGACCACGAAAAUUUUUUUACCGGAUAUUUUAAAGGUACUAGCUGAUCUUUUUUUGCCGAGAAGUGAUGUUGAACUUAAAGUUGAUCUGAAAGAAGAAUGAACCCUAUACAAUCUAUUCUUGCAUGCCACAGGAAGAUUUUUCAGGUACGUCGCCGAAGCUAAUAGGAACAGUUAAUGACAUAAUGGGUGUUGGCCUCAUUGGUGGGGCGGUACAUUUGGAUCCGUCUGCGAACGGGAGACGUGUUGCAGUGGCACCAUCGGGAUUUGGCAUUCGCACGAUCGAGCUCGACGCGCUGCCAAUCUUGCCGUCUGACGGGCAGGGGCCGCAGAACUCUCCAAACACAACAUCAGUGGUUCUUGAAGGGCCGCACAACAUUUCAACUUUUGGCACUAACUACCGAUCAGCCCCACCACUGUGUGGGAGCUCGUGUUGGUUUGGGUUUAACCCGAACUCCGACGACGCCAGCCAGCUUUUCUGCAUAGUUAAGGAUGAGUUGCUCUUGUUCGAGCUACAGGUACAGCCGAACGGUACAGCAUGGACGCAAACUAGAAGGGCUCCCACAAAGGUGCCACACCGGGGAUGCGGAGUUGCGCGGUGGCCGCGUGUUACUGGUCUUCAAUUUGGCAAAAGCAACUCGCAGUCCGUCGUUUUUCUUGACGCCGCAGCAAAACCGGCUCCGUGCGCUACAUCCGCAUCAAGCAACAACACCAAGCAAUCCGGUUGUCUUGUCACAGUCACCGCUGCCAACACUGUCACGCUGAAGACAAUGGAGUUCACCCAGACCUUUGUUCCGGCACGCUCGAAUGAAACCGAUGUUGUGACCAAUUUUCUACUGGGACGAGGAGGGACGAGCGGCAGACAGCGGCGUCAUGUUUUUCGUUCACCACGUCGACAAAGGCAUCGCCACGACCGGGCCGCCGGAGGAGCAUACGUGACUACGGAGACUGAUGACUCAGAAGAUGACUCUGACUCAUUUAAUUCGUGCGAGGAAGUAAAUGACGGUGAUACCGCUGGCUUCGAUAGCGAUUCCGACUCCGACGCCGAUUCCUUUGACGAUAUCUGCAAUACACAAGGCUGUGUGUUUCUGCCGUGCGGGUCCCCGGCGUUUUUCGCAGAUUCGCAUAGGUUAUGGCCCCUGUUCGAUUUUGCAAGUGGGGAAGUGCUCGAGCUCCAGAGGCUCCUCCUUGUGAGCAUCAAGGACGAGUCCGAGUGUCCUGACCUCGCUGCCUGGUUGCGGGACAGGAUUGCAGGCCGGCACACGACAGCCCAUCCUCCGCCAAUGCACGCCGUGACCGUGACCGCUUCCGGAGACCUCGUGUUCGCCUGGAGUGAACGCUCAACGGGUAGGCUCGCGCUCGGCUUUCUCGGGAAUCCAAUUAAAAUGGUGUCACGCAUGGCCGCGCGACUGCAAAGCACCGUUUCGGAAACGGCGCAAAAGCUGAACUCGUUUGCGACCGGCGUCGUGGGCGUUCUUGGUGAAAAUCUGUCACAACUCAAACACGCGGUGGAGCAACUGCAGGACAACUUCCUCAAAGUUUCUUGGCUGCGCGAUUUGAAGCGCUUUCACAACCGCGCAUACGUGGAAGGACUCAGGAUUGACCAGCAUAAUUGCGUCUACCUUCUUGUGCACGCCGGAUGGGGGACGGGCGAACGCGAUUGCUACUUGAUUAACCCAGUGGAUAGCCGGAUGUCGGUGAGGACGGCGAAACAUGACAUUUUUGUCUCUACUAGACGUCCAACAGGGGAGGUGCUACAGUCCGGAAGUACAACUGAGCCAGGCAGUGUCGCGAAGGGGAAGGGCGGCGCAGCUUAUCAACUAAGUCUCGCCACGAAAGGCCAUGCUUCAUCUCGCAGUACAACGAACGGAGCAGCAGCUACAAAACUCGCUCCACCGCAGCUAAGGGAGAUUGGACCUGAAGAUACGACACCAGCUUCAGCUUCUAGUACACUACAAUCAACUACGGGAAAUUCUAAUUUCCAUACCGCCGUGUCCGCUGCGACGUCGACUUCGCGCUAUUACCUUCCAUUGGCGGAACUGCAGAAAAUUUUUCCCCCGCCGUGCGACCGCUUCGUGGUUAUCUCCCAGAUGUUCCCCUUCAAAAAUGAUAUGAUGGGUAGCAUCCAGAAGGCAAUGGAGUGGGCGGCACAGGCAAAACCGCACUGCAGCCUCCUCCGCACGGCAGACGAUAACUUCGCGCUGCAGGCUGCCAACACUGUGAUGAACACUGGACCCCUUGCUACGCACUGCGCACUUCUGUCACCGAGCGACAUUCGGUCCCGGUUAGCCAAAAUUGCUGCACGCAUCGUCGGUGGAGCCGCUUGCCAUUGGAUGGAGGAAACUCCAUACACAGGAGCUGCAGCAUCUACUUCAUCCAGCAGCAGUGGCAGCACCCAGAACGCGACUACGCCACUAUUUGCUUCGGCGCCGCUCCUUCAUGAGAGAAUCCUUAUUGACGGAGGGAUCGACGGCGUUCUGAAACAAAAUGAUCAUAUGUUCGAUCCGGCAGGGCGUCAUCAAGAAAUGCGCAACGCGGCCCGGCUCGGAAAAGGAGGAAGUAGUAGAGGCAACGACGAUGCGAAAGGCAGUGCGAUGGCGGCAAUCCUGGCCAUCUGUCAGAGCGCUUCGCCGCGGACUGUUUUAUCCCUCGUAAAGCCACUGGUGAAGGUGUUCAAAGCUGCGGAAAAAACUCGUGCAAACGCAAGCAGCCAGGAGGACCCUUUUGCGCGCAUGGCUAUGGGAAUGGAAGACCAACACAUCGGAAUCUUGUCACACGGACUGUUUUUCCACGUUAGAAAUGUCUGGGAAGCACUGCAGCGAUAUCCGCGGCUGCUGGAUGUUGUUGACGUUGGUGCAGCUGCUGGAACUAGUCCACCUGGCACGACAGACGCCGCUGGCUCGGUCCUGCAAGCUAUGCUCAACAAGGAGUUUUACGACCGUGUGAUGCCACCACUGGAGACGUCGGGUCUUCUGCGCUACCUGGAGAAAAAGAUGCUGCGUGAAGUUAUCGGCGACGAACCAAUCGAAGUUGCGCCAGAGGUGACCGCAACCCGGCUCAUCGAGGAGGCCGUCGCGCUGGGAGACUAUGGUCGGCCCAAGAUGCUGUACUACCACUACAUCGGGCACGACACCUCCCUGCCGCGCCGUCGCGCCCUUGCAGAGGAAGCGCUGAACGUCUAUCCCGAUUGCGUGGGCGCGUAUGGAGUACUUGCAGCUGUAGAAUACCACGAAACGAUAUCCGCAGCAGGUGCUGGUGGGGCUCGAUUGUUGCCCGCUUCCGAGUCUUUUGAAUCAGCGAUCGCCAAAGCCGAGGCGGGCAUCGAGAUUGGGUGCGCAGCGAACGAGAAGUGGAAGGCCGCAUACGAAGCAGCGCGUCGAAGUGCUGGCGGGGGUCGCGAUGUUGUAGUUGACACUCAAGGACGAGACCGAGGCGACGACCGGCGGCGAGGACAAGAUGAAAACAAUCUUCAUGAAGACGACGAACUCGCUCCCGACCGUCUGCCCUGGGGACACCCUGACAACCGUCCUUUCCUGCGGCUUCUCGCCACCAUGAUGCACAUCCUCGACACCGCGGAGCGAGCUGGGCGGAGCGCUCGCGGAGGCACAAGUGCCCUGGGCAUGGCUCGCAUUUUACUGUGCCUGAACCCCAGUGAUAACCAAGGCAUCCGGAGCGAGCAAGUACGCAUCGCUUCAGAACAGAUGAACGUGGACGGGGUGCGAGAGAUAGUGGAAUCUGCAAGCUUCAAGGACACGAGUGAUGUGUGUUUAGAUUACAGCCGGCUUCUGGUUGCGAUUGUGGACGGCAGGCCCGACGCCGAAAUAUCUGCUCUGUUUGCAAAGGCCUUGAAAAACUACCCCUGGGCGGCACUUCUCCUGCAUGCCUCAGCAAAUCAACCCUGGUCCAACCCGAAUCACAGCCGGCUCAUGCAGGCCGCAAGAGGUGCCAAGGAACAGCUGUUAGACGGAAUUACUCACGGGUCACCAAGAGAGGCUGCGGACUAUGUCGACACGGCAUGGCCGUUGUGGGCUGGCGUCACCACAAAUCCGCCGAUGAAACCGUGGCUGUGGAUGAAUCGGCUGGAACUUGACACCCACAGCAGCGCUGCGUUUCGUGGUCCCGGCGCCCUAUCAGAGCUAGGUGACGCCGGCGCCCCUCCUCCAAAGGUGCCUCCUUUGGCCGAACUCCAGCGAGUGCUCUCGAAAAAAACAAUCCUGAUUCGCUACAAGAAGAAAAAUGUGCACCGUGGACAAUCGGCGCAACCAAAGUCGCAAGCCGGUCGACGAGGCGCUCGCGGGACGCAUCAACCAAAUCGAAAUCACGCAGCGCCUUUCGAGGAAAGCGUUGUCUGCUGCACCACAAACAUGCGAGCGAUUCCGUUCUACGGCCGGGCGUGGAAGCGAGACCUUCGGCUGGAGAACGGGCAGUUUGCGCUGUACGUUUCAGACCACAUGAGAGGCCUUGGCAAGGACACGGGUAGCUGCGAUCCCUUCCUGGUGAACGAAAACCCGGAAGACCGCCCCGCGCUUGCGCACAAGGGCUGGCUCGGUUUGCGGUACGAAGACAUCAUCGACGUGCCCUACUUCGCACACUACCAAACCGACCUGAUUCCUGACGACCGUGAGGUUCGGAAUCCCUGGGAGGAGUUCGGUGAAGAUCUUGACGCAGGCCUACGCACUGAGAUGACGGUCGAACAGGUCGAAAACACGAAAUCCGCACUGGAGAAGAGCCAGCGGCACGAGGCGAUCGAAAUUCGCAAAAACCAACUUUCCUCCGAGUGGCUUUCUCAGGUACAUCGCAUGCGCGACACGCUGCACGUGGGUUGCAAAGUAUCGGAGAACAACAAGAAGGGUCUGGACGCUUGUCUCGAAAACAUCCAAACUCUUCUCCAAGAAUUCGACGGGAGCGCCAUUCUAUGGCAUUCUCAAACGUUACACUCUCAACUGUUACAUAAAUUUGUGAUGGAAGAAUGGGAAAAGUGAGGAAGCGACCGUGGCCUUGCGCGACGUCUUGCGUGACACAUUUGGCACAGAUUCCCAGUCUGUUUGGCCAUUCGAGACUUAGUUAUGCGAAGCAGCUUGAUCGUGUCGAUUGUGAUCGGAAUUUUCCAUGACAAAGCGUGUAGCAGCUAUGGAUGUAACGUUUGAGAACGCCAUGCAUUCUCCUUGCGGCGUCGAAUGCGGACGACCCUUCACCGGACGAAAUGGACGGAGACGACAACGUCGAAAUUGCGGCAGCGAAGUCCGUAUGCAUUGCAAAAGUUAAAGUAUCGCACUAGGACUACGACUAGUAGCUAUGGGUUAUUGCAUUACAAAUAAUUUUGCUAUAACACAAAAGUGGAAUUUGAAUUUGUAAUGCUGGUUGGGAAACGUAUUUGUCAUCUGCAUGGCUGCAACGUAUACGAGUGCGAUACAACUUUCGCAAUUCAUAGCCCGUCGUUGAAACUUUGUCUCUGCGCGACGAGGCGAACAUGAACAGCGCCGAGCCGGGCACGUCCAAGCUCCGGCGUGUCCUGGAAACGGACAUCCCGCUGCUUCGUGCAGAAUUAGCGCGCCUCGAGGGCAUCAAAGCGGGCGCAGCGGAAGCUGCGAAUACCUGCGGGGCUGCGAGCACGUCUACUGUGCGUGCGUUCGUAUGCCCGCACUGCAAUGAGGACCAGCAAAACAAGGACAAAUUGAAGCGGCAUCGGAAAAAAUGCGAAAAUCGUGAGGUGAUGUGUCAAGAUUGCGGCGAGUUCAUGCCUGCCAGCGAGCUGAACAACCAUCAGCAGACCACCUGUGCCUACGCUAUGAAGACCUGCGGCAAGUGCGGUGCCCGCGUGAAGGCAGUUGCGAUGGAGAGGCACCAGCAGGAGACGUGUGAGUUUCGAGAAGUUUCGUGCGGCCAAACCAAUGCAAAGAACGUGGCCUGCUGCAAAUGGCGCGGCCCCCUCCACGAGCGUGCGGUGCACCAACAGAGCUGUCCGUUCACAAAACUGACGUGCGAGGUGUGCCUGGUCGAGGUGCUGCAAUACGAGAUGCCGGCUCACCAUUGCCAGACGGUGACGGCCGAGGAGUGCUGCGUGAUUUGCGCGAUUCCAUACGGCGAGCUGCUUGACGCCGGGAACUUUCUUCCAGCCAUCCCGAUCCUAGAAGGCAAGCGAACCUGUACCUGCAAAUCGUGGAACCACUGUGUCUCGUGCUUCACCGGUCACCUGGCCGUGAAAAGAGCAAACGCAGCGAAGAAAGGCGAUCCUCUCACGAAGCACAUGACCUGCCCCGUCUGUGCCCAGCCCUGUGACUCCGCAACGACGGUGCCGCGGUACCUGGUGACCGGUGCAGACGUGUAUGCACGCUUGCCGUCACAGACCGCAAAACUCGGCACAAUCUGCUGGGUCUCUCCUCUCGACGUCCACUUUACGCAUGACACGAUCAAAUCCGAAUUCCGGGACUACGUGGACACGAGUUCUGGUCGCGCGGUACGGCAGACAAACAAGAGCAUCCUGGACUCGCUGGCGGAACAGCUGCAAGCAGUCGCUCAAAACACGCCAGCGACCUUGGACUGCCUCGACGUGUGCUGGGCAACUGCACCCACGAAGAACGCAACAACUGACGACGAGAGCGCCCCCACACCAGGAGGUGGCGGCUGUCAUCCUCCAGCGGGCACGAAAACUCUCUUCCUCGCGGGGACUGGUAACCGAAGGCUCUGCAUGUGGAGGAUACUUGCGCUGAUGCGCCCCCGCAAUUUUUCACUGAUCAAGGUGCGCCUCGUUGACCACAGCAACCCACGAGUGAAGUUCGCCGAAAAGUGCACCACGAAGUGCGACGGCAAGUGGAUCCAGGUCCGGAAAGCAGGGGGCGGCGGGCCGCCGAUCUUCGUCGGGCAGCACAAAGAGCAGACUGGAUGUGACCCAGGACUGCAGUGGCCAGAUGCCAUGAAGGUCCUGAAGCGUCACAACUGCUGAAACGUCGAAUCCACGUCGACGUCCGCAGGCUCGCAUCCGAUUCCAACUUUUUCCGUUUCAGGAAUCUGCGUUGCAGCGUAUGAGGACCAGUGAAUGAAGGCACAAGAACCUAAGAGCGAAGAUUUAGUGCUGACCAAAUCCCCAAACAGGAUUCACUAUCGUUUUCCUAUGUCUUUGUGUACGCUCGCUCCGUUAAUGUUAGUACUUUGUUGCCGUUCAUCUAAUUUAUCGAAUUAUUUAUUAUCAUUCACUUUCACACUCCGUAUCUCUGCAGCACCCGCUUCUACUGCAGUUUUCGUUUUCCUUUGAACAUACUUAUUUGUCGAGAGGUUCGACGAUUUCUUGGAAUACUACGUGUAGAACCUGGCAGCGCCUUUGCAAACAAGUGACUUCUUGGACCACGCCUUUGCAAACAAGUGAUUAAGGGUGGCGAACGCGGCGAGAGCGCAUCAGUUUU